ACGGAAAAUAUUUCUCUAUUUUUCUAUUCAUUUUUUUCACGGAUUUUAUAUUUGAGCUGCACUUUCUUCCUUAGGAAACACGCACAAGAUAAGAAUCUGAGGAAUACUAGGAUAGCCUGAAUCAUGCCACGUGGAAAGUACGUUAAUCAUAAGGGGCGCACUCGUCAGUUCACUCCGGCAGAGAUAUUGCAGAUGGAGCCGGAACGUCUGCGCCAAGACGAGGAUAAGAAGAUCCCGGUACGGAGCCACCCAAAGACGGAUUCCGACGAUAAGUUCUUUCGCAACCGUGGUGUCCAUAGCCUGAUCGAGAUAUCCAAUCCGAAUCGCAUGCCGCGGGAGAAACAUAAGAGCCUUUUGAUAACCAUGGCGGGGCAGGAGCAACUUUCCCCGGACGAUGAUGAAGGCGAGAUGAAGAGGCGAAACGAAAGGAAGAGGGAGAGGAUGCAAUACGAGAAUAUGCAGAAGAGCAAGGAGACGGUGGCUGACUUGGCCAGGUUGGCGAUAAUUCGUCAGGAAAGGGAAGCGGCUGCCCAGCGCCGUUUGGCUGCUAAGAAAGCAGCCGCCGAGUCCGCCUCCUCUAGUUCGACUUCAUCUCUCAAGAAGAUCAUUCCGAAGUCCGGCGAACAGAUGGAGGACUCCCAAUCGGAAGACCUGGUUCGCUCCUCACGGCUUCAAAGGAAGCCCCGAUCUUCACGCAAGAAGUAGAGAUUAGAGUAACUGCUACUAUUUGGAAAUUGGAACAAAACCUCCGAAAUAAUUUAUAAAUUAAGGCCAAGAAGCAAAAUCAAGCUGGCGAAAAAAAUUCGAAAAUUUGAAUCUCAACUGGGUUAAGCAUGCGAUGGUUGAAUGUCAUUCUAUUUCGUUGUAGGUUUUGUCCACUUCCACAAAUAAAGAACAAAAACUAA